AUGAUUGCGUUACAAAAUCACGCUAUCUUGCCUCCUCCCGCCAAAGUGGAUAUCUCACUGCUGCUGAAGCCUCAGGAUGAAGAGGAAGCCGCCUCGGUGACUACAGCGCCUAGCUACCCACCCAGCGCAAUCCCGCCACCCUCGGUGGCACCGACGUUGCCAGUAGCUGCCCCAGCGUCGUUGUCCUCGGUCCCUCCAGUGCCCCAGCUUACGUCCAAGAUCCCGGCUACGGUGCCUGCCAAGCGCCUUCAACCUGCCCACACAGCAGAGUCGCCGGCUAAAAAGCAAUCCAAGUGGUCCCCGGAGGAGGAUGCCUUGAUCAUUGAGCUACGAGGGAGUGGCAUGAAAUGGGAGGAUAUCAGCAAGCGGCUUCCUGGCCGAAGUGCCAUCAGUUGCCGUCUACACUAUCAAAAUUAUUUGGAACGCAGAAGUGAGUGGGAUGAGGACAAGAAGAACAAACUUGCGAGGUUAUACGAAAGAUUCAAAGCAGAGAUGUGGUCAAAGGUAGCAGAGGAGAUGGCCAUUCCGUGGAGGGCUGCAGAAGCCAUGCACUGGCAACUGGGGGAACAGGAAAUGAUCCACCAGCGCCCCGAGCUCGCAGAGCCAGCACGUCUCUAUCUCGACCUAGAAAAGGAUCGACAUCUCAAGAACUUACCGCUGGAGUUCCUGCAUUUGCACCGCACCCAACUUUUCCGGCUCCUCGCGAACCCUAUAGAUUGGGGCGACCUUUGGACCUGGGUGGUCACAGUGGUCAUUUGGGACCCAACCUCGGUCUGCCCCCUCGAACCCUCCCGUAGAGGGUAUGGAGAAAACGAUGUCUAUGCCUGUGUGUUUUGCGUUAUUACGAAUUGCAUAGCGCUGGGCUUUUCAUAUAAGAGCUCUUCCGAGUGCGUGUGCACCUUCGAGAGGAGGCCUCAAUUUGACGAGUCCAAUGCUCGUAUCGUCAUUCCUGUCGUGAGUGCUAUGCAGAUGUGGGAGACGGGCUUCGAGGCUGGAUCUCGAUGA